AUGUCAGCAUCUGCUGCUCCUCCGACGAUAGCCCCUGAUACAGAGGAAAACCACAGCGACAGCUCCAAGCUACGCAUCUUUAUUGGCAUCCUGAAGAAGUUCAUCGGUGUUGCCGAUCUCGCCUCUGUUCGCUUCUCUCUGCCCUCCCAACUUUUGGAGCCCACGCCCAACCUCGAGUACUGGAACUAUCUCGAUGCGCCCAAUGCAUUCAUAGCCAUCGGCACCUCCGACGAACCCGUCGAUCGCAUGUUGGAAGCUCUACGCUUCUGGUUUACAAAGGAUCUGAAGUAUGCAAAAGGAAAGCCAUGCAAACCAUACAAUUCUUGCCUCGGCGAGUUCUUCAGGUGCAAUUGGGAGGCCGAAGACAACGCCCCGAGGAUCAAGACCAAGGACGCCGCCGCCGGCGGCAGUAUCCCUGGCAGUGGUGCCUCCAGCCUGAAGUCUGGCAAGCUUGCCGGACUCGGCUCAGGUGGCUCACGAGCAGCCUCUACCGUAUCGGUUCCACAGACGGCUAAGGACCCAACAGCCCCGGUAGUGCGCAUCUCAUAUUUGACGGAGCAGACAUCCCACCAUCCUCCAGUCAGUGCCUUUUAUGUCGACUGCCCCGACAAGGGUCUUCAUGCCUGUGGGUUUGACCAGAUCAGUGCCAAGUUCACCGGCACGUCCAUCAAAGUCAGCCCGGGAGAGCACAACCUAGGCAUUUUCAUUACUUUAGAAAGAAGGAACAAUGAGACAUACCAGUUGAAACACCCCGCAGCUCAUCUGGGCGGUCUCCUCCGUGGGGCCCUCAGCGUGAGCGUGGGAGACAUGGCCUAUGUCACCUGCCCGCAGACAAAGCUGAAGGCAAUACUCAACUACUAUGACGAGGGAUGGCUGAGAGGCUCGACCAACAAAAUGGAUGGAAUUGUCUUCAAAUACGACCCCGACAACGACAACAAGACCAAGAUAAAGGAUGUGCCUGAAGAGGACAUUGUGGUAAGGUUACACGGUGCAUGGAAGGAGAAGAUUCAAUUCACGCUAGGCCCGAAGCCCUUUGAUUCUCACCCUCCAGAGGCAAGAACAACGAUUAUAGACAUUGAACCUCUCAGCGUGGCACCCAAGUGUCUCCCGCCCAUGGAACAGCAGCUCCCUCACGAGUCGCUGAAGCUCUGGAGUGGGGUGACAGAUGCCAUUGUCAGCAAGCAAUUUUCCAAGGCGACAACCAUCAAGCAGGAUCUGGAAGAAGCGCAACGCGAGAAGGCCAGGGAAAGGGAAAAGAAGGGGGAGGAUUUCAAGCCGGUCUUCUUCAAACAGGUGACGGGGAACGGCGGCCAGCCCGAGCUGACCGAGAAAGGCCAGGAGGUCCUUAGGCGAGCACAGAAGGCUGAGUGGAACAUGGAUGGCAUUGUGUCUUGA